CCAACAGCUAGCCUGGUAAUGCUAGGAAUAAAUGCCUAGCAUUAUAGGAGUACAUGUAUGGCUCGUUGGUCUAGGGGUAUGAUUCUCGCUUUGGGUGCGAGAGGUCCCGGGUUCAAAUCCCGGACGAGCCCAUCUUUAUGAGGACACUGUGUUGGUGUAUUAUUGUGCAACUUAAUUUUAAUACAUCCAAAUUUACAAUGACGUGGGUUAGGUUUUGCAUAUACGAGCAGUUAUCUGCAUGCGUCUAUUACUAUCCACUAUUUGCCUACACCCCCCUCCCAACGAAACUUCCCGGACCCGUUUCUCCACCUGCCCUCCCUCAAACACUGAACAAAGAGCAUCUCCACUGCUCUGCUUCCCCAGCUGUUGUGUGUGUGUGUGUGUGUGUGUGUGUGUGUGUGUGUGUGUGUGUGUGUGUGUGUGUGUGAGGGGUUUGGGGCCCUGAGAAGACAGUUUGUGUUCCGCCCCCACAAACACAGCAGACACUCUUAACAGGCGGCAGACGAGCCCGGCUUUCCAUUCACUGCAGUGUGACUGAGCUGUUCACUCCAAAGGGACAAUACAGGAGCUCUGAGUCUGCUCUGGGAAUAACAUUAUUACAUGGGCUUCAUCUGAACUAGAGAACCUACAGCGACCGUCUACUCCAACAAGUCCUCAUCAUCAGUUGUUAGACAGUGGAGCAGUUUUCACUGGGACUUACAGAUCAUCCACUAACUGAUCUCUGCAGUCACACUCAGCUCCACCAUGGUUCUAUGUGAGGACGGCGAGUGCAGCGUCUGCCUCUUCCCCUACUCUCGGAUGGACAGGAUUCCCCGCGUGCUCCACUGCAGACAAACCUUCUGCGAGCCGUGCCUGGAGACGAUGUCGCAGGCCAGCGGCGGGCUGCUCACCGUGGGCUGCCCUCUGUGUCGCCGGGUGACCUGCAUAGGCCACGGCCUCAGCCUGCAGGAAGCUCUGUGGGUCGACAGCAGGCUGUGGGAGCAGAUACCGGAGGAUGCGGACGCAGAGGCCGAGCAGGAGGAGGAGGAGGAGGAAGAUGGACUGAAACAAGCAGCUGAGGAGGAGGGGACGGAGACCAAACAGCCGUCGGUGCAGGCAGAAUGUGCCUCCUCCAGCUCAGCGAGAACGAAGCUCAAACUGCCUGCGUUCUUCAGGAGGUUCAGUUUGACAAAGCAACACCAGGAGAGGAUCGUACCGGGCAGUAACGUGGAAAUGAAAUCCUGGCGCAGGCUUUCAACUGAAGAGACUAUUUAAAGAGAUGCGACAGCUCCUCUCAGGAUGUAAUUUACGGAUGGUAGACGCCACUAGAAGACUCGACUCAGCCUUGUCAGCAGAAGGAAAGUUGAGGCCGUUAGGGCCGAGAAUCCAUUUGUGUUCCUGUCAAGACAUUGUUUUGUCCUCAGCCAAAGGUGCCCUGUCUCCCCAUUAUUUAUUCUGGGCUUAAUUCUCCCAGCUGGUGCUGUGGGAUUUGGUUCAGCUGUCCCAGUGGGACUCACACCCCGAGACCCCCUCGUAACAGAUGGUCUCCUGAGGAUUUUCCCUUUUCCAUAGCCACUGCUGAACACUGAAUAUAACUUAUUGUUUUUUUAUUUAUGAUAGCUAGUUGACAAAGUAUCUAAUAAAACUAUUUUUCAACAAA